CUGUGAUUGGUUCUAUCAAAUGACCUUAAUCAGUUCGUAAUUGUGAACCAAAUCACAUCUUAAUAUUUUACUCGACAAUGGAAUUAGAGAGAAUAUUUUUGAAGAGAUGUUUUAUCAAACAUAAACCUGAAGUGACAGCCCGUAAGGAGAUUCGUCUAAAAACCAAACCUGGAAAUCAGUCAGCCAAGGUUCAGUAUACUUUAGAAAUAAGACCUCCACUGAUUCACUUAAAUGAUCCCAAGGAAUUUUAUUUGGAUGUUAUUGGAUCCCAAAAUAAAUGGUCUACAAAGUUCAAGUUCACUGAAAAUCUUGCUGAUUUACAAUCAUCUGUCGGAAAGAUUGAGCGAGGAAACGUUGGAAGGAUUCAGUACUUGAGGAUCUCACCUUGUGAAAACAACAUCGAGUCUAGAUACGUUAUGGAUAGUCUGAAAGUGACUCAAAAUUUAGAGGCAAUGGAAAUCUAUCAUUUGUUGAAAAGCCCACAAUUCUAUAAAUUAUUACCGUCUGAGUUGAGGAACUGUUCGCUACAGGACUAUUCACUAAUAACACAGUACAACUGUGAAGGUUUAGAAAAAAGAAAAUUUAAUGUAUCUCUACCACUAGCUUAUAAAUACAUCUUUGAGGAGUCGGCUUACGGCAACUUCAAACCACCUUCAACAUACUCGCUCGAAUUUUCAGAUAUAACUGUCGGUUUAUAGCGUAAAGAAGUUGGACGUUCGGCCGGUGUCUAGAAUCUACGACUAACUAUUGUUACAAGCUUUUAGUAUCGAUCCUUGUGAAAAUAACAUCGCUGAACAAUUAAUAUUCUGUAUCCAAAUGCUUUACCUUACAUACUUAACAGAAACAUAUUGAAUACUGCUUGCAAAUGUUAGCUUAUUGAAGUUAAAUUGAUUCUGAAACUGGUAGAGUAUUAUGAUAAUUCAAGUAAAUAUAUAUCAUUUCAGGUUCUUCACUCGUUUUCUAACAAAUAAAUUGCGGAAUGACGUCAACAUUUCU